UGAAGAGAAGCAAUGGCGUGGACGUAGUGCUUAUGAUCCACGAAUCGACUUGGGCCCGAGGCGUGAAAGGCUGAGCGGAUUCCGUGGAUAUGGCGGUAGAGACAGAAAUGAUCGGCGAGACCGUGAUUAUGACUCAGCUCCGCGGAGACAGUAUAGCUCGCGUUCUGCAGCUGAUGGAGUUUGGACGCAUGACAAGUUCAUUGAAUUAGAAGGCGAUGACGGUAGCGAUAAUGAGCACAACUCAGGCGUCGAGGUGGUUGUUGAUCAGAGUUUGGGCUCAAAGUCGAAACGACGGAUCCAUGAGCAUGAUGACGAUACCAGUGAGAGGAAGUGA